UCAUAGUACCAGUGCCAUCAGGGAAAGGACCCAACACCAAAAUGGGCAAAAUAAUUUUCUACGAGGACAAGAACUUCCAGGGUCGCUCCUAUGAGACCAGCAGCGACUGUGCUGAGCUGACCUCCUACCUGAGCCGCUGCAACUCCUGCAGGGUGGAGAGCGGCUGCUUCAUGGUUUACGAGCGUCCCAACUACAUAGGCCACCAGAUGCUGGCGAGGAGGGGAGAGUACCCCGACAACCAGCGCCUGAUGGGAAUGAGCAUGAGUGACUGCAUUCGCUCCAGCCGCAACAUCCCAACGCACAAAGGUCAGUUCAGGAUGAGGGUCUAUGAGAGGGAGAACUUCAGAGGCCAGAUGAACGAGCUGAUGGACGACUGUGACUCCAUCCAGGACCGUUUCCGCAUGUCCGAAUGCCAGUCUGCUCAUGUGAUGGACGGCCACUGGCUGAUGUACGAACAGCCCCAGUACAAAGGCAGGAUGCUGUACCUGAGGCCCGGAGAGUACAGGAGCAUGAGAGAUAUGGGAACAGGUCCCAUGGACAUGAGGAUCGGAUCCAUGCGUCGUAUCAUGGACUCUUGUUAAAGAACAGAACAGGGCCGAUGCUUUAACAUGUCAUAAACAAAAUCUAAUAAAGAAUGUUUCAAUUUAUGAUUGAGUUUCCACACACCAACCAAUGAGACUGGAAGAUAUUUUGGGCACCAAAUUAGACAAGAAAUUGCAAUAAUUUCCAGCACCCAACUGUAUGUCCAAGGACAGUGUGGGUUGUGGUUAAUGCUGCUAAUGUAUUAAAUGCAUCCUAUAGCCAGGUCAAGACUUCCUUCUACCUUCCUUUGAAAUGUGUUAUGUCAUAUAUGAUACUUGAGACAUUAAAAAAAUGAAGAUGGAUUAAAAAGAUG